GCCGAGCAAAUUGAGAAGUAGGAAGAUGUGAAUCUGAAGACUUUGUUUUUUUUUUAAAAAAAGCGAAGUUAUAAAGAGGACAAGAAUGGAUUCCAGCGACCUCGUGAUCCUGAUUCCUGUCACGUACCUAGCACCGCGUGCAACGUAAGAAAGUACUGCAGCAGCGGCAGAAACACACGAGAUGACUCAGUGAGUCAGACAGAGUGGAAGAAGCAUUUCCAGCUUUCCUUGAAGGACGCGCACGAAAAUGUCCACUUAACGUGGGCCCUUGUCACCAUCACUGUCCGCGCCGGGAGUGGGUUCUGGUGCGGCGGGCGGCAGAGAAGGACCGGUGGAGCCCUAGUUCCAUGGAUGCUCCAGAGAGUUCUAAGCCCUUGAAGGUUACAUUCAAAGCACCAGCCAAGCACUGGACCGAUGCGAUUCCCAUCGGCAAUGGUCGUCUCGGCGCCAUGGUUUGGGGCGGCGUCGCAUCCGAAAUUCUCCAGCUUAACGAAGAUACACUUUGGACUGGCACUCCGGGGAAUUACACUAACCCAAAUGCUCCAGAUGCUCUUUUGGAGGUUAGAAAACUUGUCGACAAUGACAAGUUUGUGGAAGCUACUGCUGCAGCAGUCAAGUUGUCAGGCAAUCCUUCUGAUGUUUACCAACUUUUGGGAGAUAUCAAGCUAGAAUUUGAUGAUUCCCAUCUCAAAUACACUGAAGGCUCAUAUCAGAGGGAGCUCGACUUGGAAACUGCAACAGCAAGAAUAAAAUAUUCCGUGGAUGAUGUAGAGUUCUUGAGAGAACAUUUCAUUUCCAAUCCUGACCAGGUUAUUGUGACUAAGAUUUCUGCAAGCAAACCAGGAUCUUUGUCAUUUACAGUAUCUCUAGACAGUAAGUUACAUCAUCAUGCACAAGUAAAUGGAAAGAAUCAGAUAAGAAUGCAGUCUGAUUGUCCUGGUAAAAGGAUUCCUCCAAAGGUGAAUGCAAAUGAAAACCCAAAAGGCAUACAGUUUUAUGCAGUUCUUGAUUUACAGAUUAGUGAGAGGGGUGCAAUAAAUGUUUUGGAAGAGAAGAAACUGAAGGUUGAAGGGUCAGAUUGGGCUAUUCUCUUUCUGGUAGCUUCAUCUUCAUUUGAUGGGCCAUUCAUCAAUCCUUCAGAUUCUAAGAAGGAUACCAUUUCAGAGUCACUGAACACAUUGAAGAAACUAGGAGCCUUCUCGUAUUCUGAUCUUUAUGCACGUCAUUUGGAUGAUUAUCAGAAUCUUUUCCAUCGUGUCACAUUGCAACUCUCAAAGAGCUCUAAAAGUGCUUUUGGAGAACAACUAACAAAUAACAAGGAACUUAUUUCCUCUGUUAGUGAUUUAUCUUUGAGUAGGAGUGGAAAUGAAACGGUUUCAACUGCUGAUCGGGUAAAAUCUUUUCAAACUGAUGAAGAUCCUUCCUUUGUGGAACUUUUGUUCCAGUAUGGUCGAUACUUGCUUAUUUCUUGUUCAAGGCCUGGAACUCAGGUGGCAAAUUUACAGGGUAUAUGGAAUAAGGAUACCGAGCCAGCAUGGGAUGGCGCUCCUCACUUGAAUAUCAAUCUUCAAAUGAACUAUUGGCCUUCUCUUCCAUGCAAUCUCCAAGAAUGCCAGGAACCAUUGUUCGAUUAUAUUUCCUCCUUAUCGAUCAAUGGGAGUAAAACUGCAAAAGUAAACUAUGAAACAAGUGGUUGGGUUGCACAUCAGGUGUCUGACAUAUGGACAAAGACAUCUCCGGAUCGAGGUGAGGCUGUGUGGGCUCUUUGGCCAAUGGGUGGUGCGUGGCUUUGUACUCAUCUAUGGGAGCAUUAUGCCUACACAUUGGACAAGGAUUUUCUGAAGAACAAAGCAUACCCUUUGUUGGAAGGAUGUGUAUUGUUUUUGUUGGACUGGUUGAUUGAAGGUCGUGGAAAUUAUCUGGCAACAAAUCCGUCAACCUCUCCUGAGCAUAUGUUUACUGCUCCAAAUGGUAAGCCUGCCAGUGUGAGCUACUCAGCAACCAUGGAUAUUGCAAUCAUAAAAGAAGUGUUCUCUGAAAUUGUUUCUGCUGCUGAGGUUUUGGGAAAGGAGGAGGAUCCUCUCAUAAAAAAGGUCCGUGAGGCUCAGUUAAAGCUUCCACCAACAAGAAUUGCUAGAGAUGGUUCCAUUAUGGAGUGGGCACAAGAUUUUGAGGACCCAGAUGUGCAUCAUCGACAUCUUUCACAUCUCUUUGGCCUGUAUCCAGGACAUACGAUUACUGUUGAGAAAAAUCCAGACCUCUGUAAAGCUGCUGAUUAUACCCUUUACAAGCGAGGAGAGGAGGGUCCAGGGUGGUCAACCACAUGGAAAAUUCUUCUGUGGGCUUGUCUUCACAAUAGUGAGCAUGCAUAUCACAUGGUCAAGCACUUGAUUAAUUUGGUGGAUCCAGUUCGAGAAGCUGAUUUUGAAGGAGGAUUGUACAGUAACUUGUUCACAGCACAUCCCCCUUUCCAAAUAGAUGGAAAUUUUGGUUUUACAGCAGCAGUAGCAGAAAUGCUCGUCCAGAGCUCCCUAACAGAUCUGUACUUGCUUCCUGCUAUUCCUCGGGAUAAAUGGGCAAAUGGAUGCGUGAAAGGAUUGAAAGCUCGUGGUGGCGUAACUGUAAACAUAUCAUGGAAAGAAGGGGAUCUACAUGAAGUUGGUCUUUGGUCCAAGGAAGAGAAUUCAAUGAAACGACUGCAUUAUAGAGGAAAGACAGUAUUGACAAGACUAUCUGCCGGUAUAGUUCACACGUUCAAUACAGAGUUAAAAUGUGUUCACAAGUACUCUCUAUAGGAUAUGAAGACAUUAGUUUUAUAAUAGACUAAUAAAUCCAUGGAGCUUGGGUUCCUUUA